AUGAAGUCCUUCGCAAGCCGAGAAGCAUCCCGCGUAUUCUCACGAUCAAACCUUGUCCAUCGCGCGUCAAUUACCGUACCGAGGAAUGCAAACACUCGCAUACAAGAGCAAAGAAGAGGGUUCCGGGGGACGAAACGACUAUUGGUAGUUAAACCGUACCUGCUGGCAGAUAUUGGAGAAGGUAUCACCGAAUGCCAGGUUAUCCAAUGGUUCGUACAGCCCGGCGCGCGCGUGGAGCAAUUCGACCCAAUCUGCGAGGUACAAUCGGAUAAAGCAUCUGUCGAGAUCACCUCGCGGUUCGAUGGCGUUAUCAAGAAGCUGUACUAUGAAGCGGAUGACAUGGCUAAGGUUGGAAAGAAGCCUUUGGUCGACAUCGACAUUCAAAGCGAGAUCUCCGCAGCCGACGAAGCCCUACUCAACGGAGGAUCAGGCAAACAAGACGACGAGGUCCUGCUUACUGGGGGCGGAGGUACCAAAACAGACCAGGGUACGCGUGAGAAUGCAAAGCCAGAAGAGCAGGGAAUUGAGCUUGGGAGGAACGAUACCAAAGCUGCGACUGGCGAUCUGGCUCUCUCAGACCAAAGCACGACUCUACCAUCCGACCCAUCGACAACACAAAGACAACCGGGAAAACAUGCAUCGCUCGCCACGCCAGCAGUACGACAUAUGGUCAAAGAACACAAGCUCAAGAUUGAGGACAUAGAGGGUACAGGAAGGGAAGGCCGCGUACUUAAAGACGAUGUACAACGGCAUAUCGAAGCAAUGAAGCAAGCGACAACCAUACCAUCAACAAGUUCAAUACCAGCGCCCGCUUCCACACAACAAAUAGAGGAUCAAGUCAAGCCAUUGACCCCAGUUCAGUCUGGCAUGUUCAAACAGAUGACCAAAUCCCUAUCCAUCCCUCACUUCCUGUACACCGAUGCGAUAGACUUCAGCUCACUGACGUCCCUGCGCAAAAAGUAUAAUGCAGGCCGUGAGAAGCCAGAGCGGAUAACACCGCUACCGAUCAUCAUCAAGGCUGUGUCGCUCACGCUUCAACGAUUCCCGUUACUCAACUCGCACUUGGAUACAAGUACAAACCCGAACAAGCCACAGAUCGUGCUCAAGGGAAGCCACAACAUCGGUGUAGCAGUAGACUCACCUGCUGGGCUGCUCGUACCCGUCAUCAAGAAUGUACAAAACCACAGCAUCGCCUCGCUAGCCCAGGAAAUUCAACGCCUCAGCUCCCUGGCACGCGCUGGCAAGCUCUCAUCUGCUGAUCUCACUGGCGCAACUUUCACAGUCAGCAAUAUUGGUAGCAUAGGCGGUGGCACUGUGGCACCUGUCAUCGUGGGACCACAGGUUGGUAUUUUAGGUAUCGGGAAAGCGAGGGUAGUGCCAGCCUUUGGGCACAAUGAUGAGCUGAUCAAGAGGGAGGAGUGUGUGUUUAGCUGGAGUGCUGAUCAUAGGGUUGUUGAUGGAGCGUAUGUUGCGAGGGCGGCAGAGGAGGUGAGGAAGUGCUUGGAGGGUGUUGAAGAGAUGCUCGUCAGAAUGCGAUGA